AUGGACCCAUUGCACCACUCCUCUUCACUCGGUUCGGAGCAGGACAGUCUGAUGCGUCAGCCUUCAGCCGAAGACCUCGAUGCCGCUCAUCAACUUGUAUCCUCGGCUCUUGGCGAGCGCCAUGUUUCUCAUAUCUCUAGCGACAACCAUGUGAACGUCGCUAUCGACAAUCCCUCGCCGCGUCAAGUCAGUCCCAGGCCAGAGGGCCCCGAACCGCAACGCUCUUCUAUUGAGAACGCGGAGCAGAGAGACGAUGCUUCUGGGCUGGCUCAAGUUUGCAGCAACUGCGGGACGACGAAGACACCCUUAUGGCGACGGUCGCCGACGGGUCAUACCAUAUGCAAUGCAUGUGGCCUUUACCUCAAAACUCGUAAUGCGCCUAGACCUACCAAUUCCAGACGCCAAACCUCAGUCACUCCUGGUGAAACUCCGCGGCAGAGAAUCACGGCAUCCCCCGCCGGCUCAGCUCCUUCGACACCAGCCCAGCCCCAGUCUUCGACCAUACCUUAUCGGUUACCCGAGCAUACUUCUGGCACCUGUCCAGGCGGAGGAGAAUGCAAUGGAGCCGGUGGUGCUGAAGGGUGCGGAGGAUGCCCUGCGUACAACAACCGGGUCGCGAGGAGUAGUAUGGCCUCGGCUGUCGCCGGUCAACCUCCCGAAGAUGGAGCAAGUGAUGCGCACAGCGACGCUGGGUCAAGUACUGCUCAUGGCGCAUCCAAUCCUUCGCCUCAGCCUCAAGCACCACCCGGUAGCGUGGCGCUCGUUGUCGCGUGCAAGAAUUGCGGAACGACGGUAACUCCUCUCUGGCGCCGCGACGAGCAAGGCCAUCCUAUCUGCAACGCUUGCGGACUGUACCACAAAUUACACGGAUCACAUCGUCCGGUACAGAUGAAGAAGUCGACGAUCAAGAGACGGAAGAGAGUGGUCCCGGCAUACCCUGACGCUCCAAGACCUGCCACACAGCAGCCAGCGUCGGCUUCGCCAGAACCCACCGCAUCAGCGGCAGACGAGCACCAGGUACCGAGUGACAGCUCGCCGGCGCUGAAGCGGAGACGGCAGCCCCCAUCAGUGGACUACACUGGAUACGUGCCUCAAUCCAGCCUGACUGAAGGUCCACCUCCCUCUCAGGAUACCGGCGACCACUACGCAGUUCAGCUUCAACGAGCGGCGGCGGCAGCAGGGGGCAUGCAACUGGACCCAGCCCUAUUGGAAGCGGGUCGACGUCGCCAAGAACAGGAUGCGACUCACUUGGAAGCCCGUCCCGAUGGUGCAGGAUCUGAAGAAGAGCGUGUAGCCCUGCGAGCGGAACGAAGAGCACAAUUGAUGCGUGAAGCGGAGGUUAUGCGGGCGGCUUUGCGUGCUAAGGAACGCGAGAUCGAUGAUCUCACCUGA